AUGGAGGCUAUGGGGGAAAACGGCAAGAAGUUGUGUCUUUGUGGUCUUCUUUGGUGGUCGCUUCUCAUCGCGCUGUCGUCUGGAGCCUCCUUCUAUGGUGAUGGCUUUGUCCAGCUCAAAGCAAAAGAGUCGUCGGACCAUAACAUACUGCGGCUGCGCUUCCGGACCUCCCGCACCAGUGGUCUGCUGUUUGUCGCUGCUGGCCAGAGACACUACUUUCUGCUGGAGCUCCACGCCGGGCGCCUCCAGCUGAAACUGGAUGUUGGAUCUGGGGAGCACGUGCUGCAGUCAGAAAAGGGCUCACAGCUCAAUGACUUGGCCUGGCACUCGGUUGAGGUCUCUCAUGUGGGACACAAUGUGACCCUGGCUCUGGACAGGAACUCCCAGAGCAGCCUGACGAUGACUGGUCCCUCUGCUCAGCUCAGUGUGGACAAUGGCUUCUAUGUGGGGGGCUCGGGAGGACUCAACAGGCCCUAUCUCUACAGAGAGAUGAUAGGAUUCAGAGGCUGCAUGGAGGAAGUGCAGUUCAAUGAGCAUGACCUGUUGUCCUCCCUGAGGCCUUAUGCAGGAUUAAAGACGGUCUAUGAAGUGUCACUCGGCUGCAGUCCUCAGUUCUUUGCUACAGAGGAGGACCCUGUCAGCUUCUUCAGCUCUCGGGCCUAUAUUUCCCUUCCCCCUUUGGGCUCUCCAAAAGAAGUUGUAUUUGAGUGUGUUGUGCACACUUCUGCUAAAGAAGGAAUUCUACUGUAUAAUUCUGGCAGUCAGGGCGAUUUUGUAGCUGUGGAGAUUCGGGAUGGAUUGCUGGUUGCUCUAAUUGGAAAAGGAGGAAGCAAAACUGAACUUCGUUCAAUGACAUUUAUCAAUGACAGAAAAUGGCAUACUGUCAAGUUACAUUUAAAUUUACAAAGCCUUCAGCUCUAUGUGGAUGACAAAGAAGUAAAAGCCAGCAUAGUCUCUCACUCUGAAGAGCUACAUCUUAAGGGCUAUUUAUUUGUUGGUGGCACUGAUGAAAGCUCCAGGUUAGAAGCUCGGAAAGCUGCUCUGGUCUCUGUAACUGGAAAACGGGCCAAAGGAGGUUCUUUUAAGGGAUGCCUGAGAAAUGUUGUUGUUAAUGGUGUAAAAAUGGGUCUCUCCACUGCUGUAGUCACAAAGGACAUCUCUGUUGGAUGUGAGCCAGAAAAGGAACCAGAGCCAGCCACCACUGUGAGCCCCACCAGUGCCCCCAGCUCCGGGCGCUUUUUGACACCCACCCCAUCCCUGCACAUGUCCACACUGGCCAAAGGCCUUGAUAGAAGGUAUGGAGCUAAUUUUGUUCAUCUUCGAAACCUUGUUGUUCCUGAAGGCGGUCGAGCGUCUUUGGAGGCUAAACACAUUAAGAUUCUGCUGGAUUUCAAGGCUCUGGGUAUUCGACAGUCACAAAUUAUGUUCAGAAUUCAAGAACAGCCACUGCGUGGUCAAAUGCGUCUGGAUGUAGACCCAGACCAAGAGGAACACACCUUCAGCAUGUUGGACCUCUGGCACGAGAGGGUCAUGUACAUUCAUGGAGGAUCUGAAGAUCCAGACGAUUUCUUCAUGUUUUCCAUUUAUUCGAGUAGCAGAAAACCUGUCCCCGAUUACUUGAAGAACAAUAAACUGUACCGCUACAACAUAACUGUAACACCCACCAAUGAUGCCCCUGAGUUAAGCCUCCCUGAGGGAAAUCUCUUUCUUCUGCUGGAAAACUCAAAGAAACGUCUCACUACAGAUAUUCUGAAGGCCACAGAUAUCGACAGUCCCAACACAGAUCUGGUCUUCUCUGUUCUGGGAAACCUGAAUGCAGAUGCAGGAUAUCUGGAGCUUGAAGGUAACCCUGGUACAACUGUGACCUCCUUCACAUACACAGAUCUGGAGGAGUUGAGGGUGCACUAUGUCCACACAGGGGUCAGAAACUCCCGAAUAGUGUUCAGAGUGAGCGAUGGGGAGAAGGUCAGUAACACCGUGGUCCUGAGAGUGUUGGCCAUCACACUGGAGUAUAAAAUUACAAACAACACGGGUCUGGAGAUCACACAGGGAGACUGGGCUAUAAUCGGCACGUCUCAUUUAGCCGUGCAGACGAAUGCCGUGAAACAGGUUGUUGACAUCCGCUAUGACAUCACUGAACCUCCACAAUACGGAGAGCUGCAGAGGCUUCACUCUAGUGGUGAAUGGAGAGCCACUGAUUCAUUCUCCCAGAGGCUACUCGAAAAAGAGCGGCUAAGAUAUGUCAACACUUAUCUAGAAUUACAGACUUCGAACGCAUCUGAUUACUUCAAGUGCAAAAUUAAUGUGGCGGCGAGGGCAAAUACUGAAUUACUUUUCCCUAUCACAGUCAAGUGGGUUAAGUACACUCUGGUUAGAAAUGUCAUUAUUGACCUGGAUAAAGUGCGCAAAGUGACACUUGGCUCAGAGAAUCUAUUUGCUACUGCUGAAGGAGUGGAUCUGUCAGAAGACGACCUUUAUUAUAGAGUUCUGACCACACCAAAGAAAGGAAGGCUGCUAUUGGACUCCACUGUUUUGGGCAAAAAUACAAGUUUUAGUCAGAGAAAUGUAACUGAAUAUAAAGUGCAUUAUGAAUUAGUGGACAGGCCUUACGAAGAUACAAGUGAUAGGUUCAAAUUUCUGCUUUUUUCCAAACAUGCCCAGUCUCAAAACUAUGAUUUCCAAUUCACAAUCAAAGCAGAUGUUAAUAGUGUGUUUAUAAAAAAUGAUGGACUGUCACUUUUGGAAGGAGAAAGCAAAUUAAUCACUAAAGAUGAGCUGUUUGCAGAGACUUUGAGUACUACUUAUAUGUAUUACACUGUUACUAUUGGCCCUAAACAUGGGAAGCUAGCACGCAUUAGUCAGUCCAAUUCGAAUGCAAGCUAUACCAACAUUUUAACUUUCAGUAACCAGGAUAUCUUGGACAAGCGACUUAUGUACAUUCAUGAUGAUAGUGAAACAACUGAAGAUGCAUUCACUUUCAUUGCAUCCACCACUCAGGGAUUUAAAUCAUCUAUUGCAGAGGAUGAGGUUGGCUCCAAGGAGGAAACGUUUAACAUUUCAAUCCAGCUGGUCAAUGAUCAGAAACCUGUACGUGUGAUUGAUAAGGUUUUCCAUGUUGUCAGAGAUGGACAGAGGUUACUGACUGCAGAGGAUUUACGUUACUAUGACGCAGACUCUGAUUUCGAUGACGGACAGUUGUUGUACACCCGGCGAGGCAUCCCAAUGGGAGAUCUUGUAUUGGUGAAUGACACAACACACAGGCUGUUCCAAUUUCACCAGAAGGACUUGGAGGAGAAUCGUGUGCUAUUCAUUCAUAAAGGUGUUAGCACUGGUAGAUUUGUGCUUUUUGUCUCAGAUGGAAAACAUUUUGUCUCCAGCUUGCUGGACAUCAGUGCACAUGAUCCGUUCUUGAAAGUUGUAAAUAAUAGCGGCUUACUGGUCCAAAAGGGAAAAUCUGUCUCUAUCUCCACAAGUAAUUUUACCGUUGCUUACAAUCUGGACAUCAGAGAGGACCACGAUGUUCUGUUUAUAGUGAAUGAGAUGCCUAAAAGUGGUGCUAUUUACUGCAGUGGAGAAAAAGUCAGUUCAUUCACACAAGCUGAUUUAAAAGCUGGUUGUCUUUCAUAUCACCACAAUGACAGCACACAUCUGGCAGACCACUUCAACUUAACAGUCAAAGCCAAAGAACUCCACUUGUCAGCAAAGGUCAAUGUAAAAGUUUACCUAGAAAGUCAUCAGAGGCCUCCCAUCAUACAGACUCAUAACACAGUGCUGGUGGAGGAGGGGAAGCCAGUGAAGAUUGAUGAAACUAAACUAGAAGUGACUCAUGAAGACAACCUGCCAUCUGAGAUUGUAUUCACUGUGAUAGAAGGACCAGCACAUGGAUUUCUGCGACGUUUCGCUGAACCGGAGGAGCGCUACAUCGGAACCAGGCAGUCUCCUGUCAAGAUGUUCAGCCAAGCAGACAUUUACAAUGGACACAUCCAGUACAUGCAGGUGGACCCUGACACGUUCAGUGACACUUUCGUCCUUGAUGUCACCAAUGGGGUCACAGACGUGCAGGGCAUCAGGGUGUCUGUCGACAUUAUCCCACGCCUCAUCCCUUUGCAGGUCUCUGACUUCUCCCUGGAAGAGGGCGCCUCUAAGGCACUCACACAGGAGAUUCUAAAGGUCACCAACCGCCAUUUUUCUGGAAUCAACUUCCUCUACAGUUUGACUCAGCCACCGUACCAUGGUCACAUUGAACACUCCCGACACCCGGGGGUGGCUCUAACCUCUUUCACCAGGAGGCAGGUUGAACAUGAGUAUAUUUACUAUGUGCAUGACAGCAGUGAGACUUUAGCUGACAACUUCUCAGUGGUGGCCAAUGACACAGGUCUGAGGAAGCAGAGUGCAGUCCAGGCGGUGCACAUCCAGGUUACAGCUGUCAACGAUGAGCCUCCUGUUAUUACAGCCAACAGGGUCCUCAGGGUUUGGGUGUCAUCAGUGACCGAAAUAAGACCAGAGGACCUCAGGGCUGAAGACCUGGACUCACCUUCAGAUGAUCUGCACUACAUGAUCACUCCUCCCAGUAACGGUCACCUGGCCUUGAAGAGCGCCCCCAUGAGGCCGGUGCUCAACUUCACGCAGGCCCACAUAGACCAGGGCCAGCUGCUUUUUGUUCACAAAGGAGCCAUGUCUGGAGGAUUCAAUUUCCAAGUCAAUGAUGGUGUAAAUUUUACUCCACGACAAAUAUUCAGCAUCACAGCCAGAGCUUUGGUUAUUAUUUUGGAGAAGAACCGGCCUCUCAAAGUGUUUCCAGGUUUAUCAGUGCCAAUUACUAAUGACAAUUUGCAAGCAGUGACCAAUGAUAUCAGUGACACUUCUAACCGCACCAUCACCUUCAGUGUGACCCGACAUCCAAAACUGGGCCGCCUCAUACUGAAGCAACCUGAUAACUCUGUGGUUGACAUUUCCACUUUCACACAAGACAUGGUGGACAGAGAGGAAGUGCUGUAUGUCCAGGCUCCUAUUGACUCAGUGGGAUGGGAGGCUAUGGACUCCAUGACCUUCUCUAUCUCAUCACCUCCUACUUCUUUGGAGAGCCAGACCUUUAAGAUAGACAUCUCCUAUGAAAACACUGGACCAGGACACAACACUGUGCUGCUAGCAAACACUGGUGCUAAUGUAACAGAAGGGGAGAGUGUUGUGAUCAGUAAGUCCAGCCUGGAUGCUUCAAACCUGCUGACAAAGCUGCCUGCCCCAGACCGGGGUGCUUUUGAAGUCUGGUAUCAGGUCACGUCUCUGCCACAGCACGGCGUUAUUGUAGUUGGCGAACGCAACCUCACCAAAGAAAAACCGAACUUCUCACAGUUUAUCAUCAACAAGUACGGAAUCACCUAUAAACAUGACAACUCUGAGACUGUUCAUGACCAAUUCAUUUUCAGCGCUUGGCUCAAUGCUAAAGGACAAACAGCACAGCGACCUAGUAAUGGUGAUGUUAUUGAAGAAACAUUUAAUAUAACAAUAUCCUCCGUGAAUGACCAACCACCUGUGCUCAAAACUAAAUCUCCUAGUUUGAAAGUGGUUCAGGGAGAUACUGUAUCGUUGAGGCCUGAAAACCUCAAAGUUGAAGAUUUGGACAACCCUCCAGAUGAUAUUAAAUUUACUGUGAUCAGCAAACCUAAUAAUGGGUAUCUAGCUCUUGAUGUGAGCUUGAAUGAGUCAGUAAAUUCUUUCACUCAAGCCCAGAUUAAUAAUGGUAGCGUGUUUUUUGUCCAUGAUGGGAGCACUGCCUCUGGUGUGUUCUAUUUCAGUGUCACUGAUGGUUACCACAAGCCAAUCUACAAACUCUUUAAUGUCGAUGUGACUGAAAUUAUUAUCUUUCUUGUUAACCACAGUGAGAUUACGCUGACGCAAGACAAAACAUCAGCCCUACUCUCACAAAGCAAUCUUUAUGCAAAAACAAAUGGCAAAAACACUACAAUUAGGUACCAGAUUACAGAGCCACCACGAUAUGGAAAACUUUUAAAAGAUAACCAAGAGAUCGCACAAUUUGGGCAAGAGGAUUUAUUGGGGAAGGUGUCAUACCACAUGAUCUCACAAGCAUCUGGAGAAGAUAGCUUUAUUGUUUUCACUUCAGAAGCUAAUUUAACUGAACAAGUACUCAAUAUCUCUGUUAAACCAUUGAUCCACAUAGGACAAGGUGUAGUAAUUCCCAAUGGAGUGGCUGUUAAGCUUAACCCUAGCUUACUCAAUGCCUCUCAGUUGGCUUUUAUGAGUGAGAGUGCUCCUGUAUUCAAAAUAGUGUCCCAUCCAAAUAAAGGGAAGAUCAUUCGGAUAGAGGCCAAGAAAAGUUCACCUGUGCAGUCUUUUACAUAUGAGGAGUUAAUGCAAGGGAAAAUUGCUUUGGAGCUGAGUGCGAACAUGACUGGGGUGCAGGAAUUGAAUGACUCUCUCAUAUUUGUCCUGAAAGCAGAUAGUGUUCCUCCAGCGAAAGGGGAGUUCCACUUUAGCAUUGUGCCAUAUGAUCCAGCACUUUUACCUACCACAAAAAGCCCCACUGUUACCACAAUGCCUUCUCCUCAGACAGCUAUUCGGACACUGCAAAACGGGACUACUCGUCUCAUCACAUCCACUCCAUUUCCCGCUACGCAGCAGCCAAGCAAAAACCAGCAGAAAUACCACAAAGGACGUAACCGCUGGGGGAAUUCAAACAGAACUAGCAUUUUUAGCACCACUCUUGGCAAACCGAAACAUGUAACUGAAGAAGACAUGCCGUUUAGGAACACACCGGUUCGUGUAGAGUCUUAUCCUCAAAAAUCUCCCAAUCCUCUCCUUGUCAUUUUACCAUUACUGGCUUUGCUUUUGCUUGUCAUCAUAUUUGUAGUACUUGUGGUGUUCCUCAGGCAUCACAGGCAGAGAAAGCCAAAAAGGGCCAUGCCAACAGAGCCCACUCAAAAUAUGUCUGGUAGUCAGUCGUAUAGUAGUCCCACAGUUCCCACUGUAACAGUAACUCCACUUAACCCAGGCAGUUGUCCCUCUAGCCCUGUAUUAGAUCGCUUCCUGUCACACCAUCAGAGCUCGGCCUAUAACACUAUUGACUCUUCCAUGUUUAGCACGUGGAGUAAUGAUUCGCCUGCAGCAUCCUCUCAGAUCAUAACUGUUGCUACCCCAACUCUUCGUAAAAACCAAUACUGGGUAUGAGCUAUGAAGAAUUCUUUGACCUUUUUCAGUCUGUAAGAGAAGGCAGGUAUAAAUUGCCUAUCGUGUGAAUACCUUUUACACAUAAAGCUACCAUUUGUAAUUAGAUUGGCCUAUUCCCCAUCCUCUUACAUUCUCACAUAUCACCACUAGUUGUUACUUGUGUUUGAUAGUACACCAGCUUUGGCCUGACAGAAGAAGACCAGAAAGCUCAGGUGAGCCUGAACAAAGGAUAGGUGAGGGGAGGGAAGAAGGGGAACAAGUUUCACAUCUGCCAUCUUCUGGUGAAAAAAAAAACAACUAAAUUUACAGAUGGUAGCUUUAACUAUGUGAAUCUGGAUUGUCUUAUAUUAGUUGAGAAUUAAAGUUUCAGUCUGAACACUGAUUUGAAGGUGACUGCUUUUGAAACCUUUUCUACCUUGGACCACUCCUGGACAAAUGAGGGAUUACACCAACUAGCUGAUGACUAGUUUUAUGUUUUUUUUGGCCAAAGUUUGGAAUAUAUUUUUCUAUAUAAUGUUUUGUUACAACACUGGGUUACAGUCAAAAUAGAUCAACUAAACGCAUUUCUUUUUGAACUAGCAACCAAAGGUGAAUUUUUUAUUUCUUUAAGUGGAAUGUAUAAUGGUGACCCAGAUGUGUAAAUCUUUUGAUGAAUUACAGAGCUGAGAGGCUGGCCUUGCAGACUGGUAUGUUAGAUUUGACCUCUGCAUGUACUGUGCAACAACAUAACCCAGUACAAUCAAUUCACAUGUGCCUGUCUGAGUAUUUAUAUUAUGGUAGAAAUCAUAGAUAGUAGAUAUAAAAUUUCCUUUAUACAGUCUAUGGAAGACAUGGGGUUUAUGUUUGAGAAAUGUCUUUCCCCCUUGUGCUGUAUGUAAUACCAGAGUUUAGGCCCUACACCAGUGCACCACACCUUUAACUGCUGAUAAAAACAUACUAAAAACUGUGAAUGAUUGAAACUGCUGCGACAUUACUGUAUCAUUGUCAUUUUAUAUUGUAGCUGUGUAGUACAUGAUACAUCUGUGUAAAACAUGUUGUAAGCUCAGGUAUUUGCUUAUUAGUUCAGUGAUUCAACUCCAUUAAAUGUAUGGAGGCUCUAAAAUGCCUCACUAUUAGAAAAAGUAAAACUGAACUCCUGUGGUACACUUUUAUUUACACUGUUCUUUACAUGUUUUACCUUGAGUAGCUGCUAAAAAACUGGAAUAUAUUAUUAUGGCUGUAACAAUUUGUAAAUAUGCUUUACAAGUUCAUAGCCUUUUGAUUUGACUGAAAUAACUACUGUUAUUUAUAUAAAUUAUUUUAUUGACUAUGUUAUGGUGCAUAUGGUUUAAUACCCUGUUAGGAAGUACUGCUGUGUGAAAGUGGGAGGAAUUCAAACACUGUAAGCCUGUUCUUUGUUUUAUAAGAUAAUUUUGUUGUGUUCGCUUGUUAUGUACCAAUCUAAAAUUAAUAAUAUACCACUACGAAACAUUUAUUUAUACCAUAUUUGUAAUAAACAUUUGAAAACA